UUGUGCAGAAAACAAGUAAGGCAGGAAGAAUCGUCUGUCGUCGUUUCCCGCCUCUGGACUUCAUUGAAGAUCGUUCGUCAUCGGACUCCAACAGCUAGCAGGACUGUACUCCAUGUUCCUCUGUUCUCCACCCCAAAGAUGGGUUAUCUGAAGCAAAUCGACGUUGAAAACUUUAAGUCUUGGCGUGGGAAACAGGUUAUCGGUCCUUUUAUGAAGUUUAGCUGCAUUAUUGGAACAAAUGGCUCAGGUAAGUCCAAUGUGAUGGAUGCUUUGAGCUUCGCCAUCGGAGAGCGGGCGGCUGCCCUGCGGGUGAAACACCUGCGGGACCUGAUACACGGAGCUAACGUCGGCCGGCCAGUCUCCGACACCGCGCGGGUGGCUGUGCGGUACUGCGAUGACCGGGAGCGGGAGACCGUCUUCUGUCGCAUCAUCACAGGGGUCUCCACAGAGUGUCAGAUCAAUGGUGUUCAUGUUACUUUAGCCAAAUACAUCAACGAGCUUGAAAAGAUUAGCAUCAUGACCAAAGUUCAGAACUGCCUGGUGUUUCAGGGCACGGUGGAGUCCAUCGCUCUGAAGGAUCCAAAGGAGAGGACCAAAAUGUUGGAAUGCAUCAGCCAAUCUAGAGAGUGUGCUGCAGAGUACAAUGCAAAGAAGGCAGCUCUUCUGAAGGCCAAAGAGGACACACAGUUUCACUUCAACAAGAAGAAAUCUGCCACCGUGGAAAAGAAACAGGUUUCACAAGAAAAAUUGGAGGCUCAGAAAUACCAGGGUCUGUUGGACCAUCUUCAUGAAGACUGCUUACAGCUCAGCCUGGCUGAGCUUUACUAUAAUGAGAAGGCUAUCCAUACCAUUAGUGAUGCACUGAGAGAACGGCAGAACGCUGUAGCAGAUAAGAAGAGUGAACUGGUGGACUGGGAGCAGAUGGUGAAAGCCCAAAAGAAAGAGCAUGGUCACCUCACUAGAGAGCAACAGCACACCGAGAAGGAGAUCCGUGAUCAGGAACAUGCACUGUCCCAGUCUCGGUCUCAGUACGUCAAGGCCAAAGUGAAGACAUCUCAUCACAUGAAGAAGAUUGAGGAGACGCGCAAUGCUGUGAAGGAAAAGAGAAAGUGCUUGACUCAAAAACAGCUGCAGCUAAAAGAAGAUGGACUUGAAAUCGCUGAACUUGCAAAGGCCUGGAAGAGCUAUGAGAAGCAGAUCAAGCAAAGAGCUUCAAAGAGGAGAGAUAUCGAGCUGGAUGAAGAUCAGAUGAAGCUGUACAAGGACCUGACGCAGUUGGCCCAUAAGCAGGGGGCCGUCUUAAGCCAGCAGGCAGAGAAGCUGCAGUGGGAGGUGAAAGCAAACAGUGAAAAGAUGGCCUUUGAUCAGCGCAGGAAGAAGGAGAUGGAGAUUGCCAUCAGGAACAGCCUGACUCACCUGGAAGAUAUGACAAGCAGAUCAGAGAAGCUCAAAGAGUACAUCAAGAGCUGCACAUCCUCCCUGGAAGAUUGCUGUCAGGAGGAAGAGAAGUUGAGUGCAGAACUUGAGUGGGCCGCCCAGCGAAGCGUGGAGGUGAACCACGAGCUGACUCAGGUGAUGGAGGAGCUGGGCAACGCUCGUCUGGACAACCAUGAGAGCAAACGUCAUCUCCAGCGCAGAGAGCUGCUUGAUAAACUUUGCAGACUUUUUCCUGAAACAGUGUAUGGCCGAUUGUCUGACUUGUGUAGCCCAAUCCACAAGAAGUACCAGCUGGCUGUCACCAAGGUGUUUGGGAACAACAUGAACGCCAUCGUGGUGUCGUCUGAGAAGACAGCUCGCGACUGCAUCUCCUUCUUAAAGACCGAACGGGCUGAGCCGGAGACCUUCCUGCCCAUUGACUACUUGGUGGUGAGUCCUCUGAAUGAGCGACUCAGAGAGAUUCCUGGUGCCAAGAUGGUGGUUGAUGUUGUGCAGUUCAACACAUCCACAAACGCUGCGCAGCUGAAGAAAGUGGUACAGUAUGUUUGUGGAAAUGCUUUGGUGUGUGAAAGCAUCAAGGAUGCUAGGAGUCUGGCCUUUGACCAGCAGGAGCGUGUCAAGACAGUGAGUCUGGAUGGAACUCUGUUCAAAACAUCAGGGGUCAUCUCUGGAGGUUCCAGUUAUCUACGAACCAAAGCUCGCUGCUGGGAAGAAAAAGACGUCAAACUGCUGAAAGAACGCAAAGAGCAUCUCACCAAUGAAUUUCGCGAUCUGAUGAGGAAGAAAAGGAAGGAGCCCGAGCUGAAGCAGAUCAGUGCGCAGGCUCAGGGCAUUCAGACUCGCCUCAAAUACUCCAAAUCUGAUCUUCAACAUCUGGAGAAGAAAGCCAUUCCUAAAUGUCAGGCGGAGGUCUCUCGAGUACAGAGUGAACUGGCAAACCUGAACUCUGAGAUUGAGAUGCAGAAGGAGAUUCUUGAGGCAAAGAAUGAAGAGAUGAUGAAGAUUAGAGAGCAGAUUGAGCAGAUGGAGGACCUGGUGUUUUCUGACUUCUGUGCUGAGAUUGGAGUGGACUCCAUCAGGGAGUAUGAACAGGAGCACUUGAAGCAGCAAGCAGAGCUGGACAAGAAACGGCUGGAGUUUGAAAGCCAGUGUGGUCACCUGAAAACAAAAGUGGAAUAUGAAGAAGAGCAGCUGGAACAGCAGAAAGAGAAGCUUCACAAGCUAGAGGAGAGCAUCAGGAAAGAUGAGCAAAUUGUUUCUGAGCGGAAAGAAGAAGAAGUCAAGCUGUUGGAGUUGGUGGAACAAGGUCAGGAGAAACUGUCAAAGCUAAAGAACAAACUGGUGUCUAAAAAGCAACAGGUGGAUGCUGUCAAAGCAGAGCUGGACCAGAAAACUAAGACCCUUCAGGAGAUGCACAGAUGCUUGUUGAAGCUUCAGCGCGAGGCGAUUUCUGCAGAGUCUGCUCUGGAGCAGAAGUGCCUGGCCAGACACAACUUGCUUCUGGGCUGCAAAAUACAAGGUCUGCCCAUCAUUUUGCUGUCAGGGAGCCUUGAUGAAAUCAGUGAGGUGCAGCUGGACACAGAUUCAGAAAGUACUGCAGCCACUUUGAGCAUCUAUGAGAGGGAGGCGCAGCUCCUCAUUGACUACUCUGAGCUCCAGGCACACCUUAGGAGUCUCCAGGUAGAAGAGGAGAUGGAGGCUGCACUGGAGAAGCUGAGGGAAUCUGUUUCAAACACAGAAGGAGUCCUCCACAACACCACCACCCCCAACCUGAAGGCCCUGGAAAAAAUGAGGGAGGUGAAGGACAAGUGGCAGGAAGUGACAGAAGCUUUUGAUCUCAGCACCAAAGCAGCCAGGAAGUGCAGUCAGGAGUUUGAGCAGGUCAAAGCGCAGCGCUUCCGCCUCUUCAGUCACUGUUUGGAGCAUGUUUCUGUUGUCAUCGACCAAAUCUAUAAAACAAUCUGCAGGAACAGCAGUGCGCAGGCCAUUCUAACUGCAGAGAAUCCAGAUGAGCCAUAUUUAGGCGGCAUCAACUACAACUGUGUGGCACCAGGUAAACGUUUCAUGUCCAUGGACAACCUGUCCGGUGGGGAAAAGGCCAUCGCAGCGCUCGCCUUUCUGUUUGCUUUACAAAGCUUCUGCCCAGCUCCUUUUCUCGUUCUAGACGAGGUGGAUGCAGCUCUUGACAACUCCAACAUUGGAAAGGUGACCAGCUUCAUCAGAGAGCAGUCCAGACAGAACAUGCAGGUCAUCGUCAUCUCCCACAAGCAGGAGUUUUUCUCCAGGUCGGAUGCUCUGCUGGGAGUCUUUUCAGACUUUGAUGAAUGCAUGUUCAGCCGCAUUCUGACGUUGGACCUUCGUCCUUACCCGCUUGUUGAAGGAGAUGAUGGCAAACAAACAGAUGAAGCCAAGAUUCCCACAGCCUGACAGCAACUGUGUCAGGCCGCUGUUUACUCAUAGCUGUUUUUACAGUGUCCAUGCUGUUUGUUUUUAUUCAGGUUAAGACUGUAGACUGAACUGUUGUUGAUUUGGUUCUUGAAAAAUGUCUUCACACAUGAAGCAUUUGUGUUAAUUGUAGUGUUUUAAAUUACACUCAGAUCCUUAAAGUUUUAUUUUGAAAAUUCAGUUCAAAAGUUACUGUUGGUUAAAGGUGUUAUCUGUUUAAAUUUUGUAUAACCAGUUCAUAAUAUAAGUCAAACAAUAAAUAAUAAAAAAAAGAACGAUUUCUCUUCAAA